UCCGUCUUCUGGAAUUCUCUGAUUCUCUCCUCCUCCCCUCUCUCUCUCUCUCUCUGAAGAAACCAAGACCUUAUCCAAUCCCUCUUUCUGAAAUUUUCGGCGCAACAGCAGGAUAAAAGAUGCCGGCGACAGCAGGUAGGGUUCGUAUGCCCGCCAAUAAUCGGGUGCACAGCAGUGCUGCCCUUCAAACUCAUGGAAUUUGGCAGAGUGCAAUUGGUUAUGAUCCGUAUGCCCCCAAUAAGGAUGAUGCUAAGAAUUCCUCCCAACCCAAGUCAUCGAAUUCCGAACCAGAGGCUGAGAAUGCUUAUGCUAGUUUCCAAGGUCUCCUUGCCCUUGCCCGCAUAACUGGAUCUAAUGCAGAUGAGACUCGUGGGGCAUGCAAGAAAUGUGGCCGGGUCGGGCACCUCACUUUCCAGUGCCGCAACUUUUUGAGCAUUAAGGAUGAUAAAGAAAAAGACCCAGAUGCGAUUCAGGCCUCGGUUUUGUCUGGUUUGGAUAAGUUGAAGGGGAACAUGGGCAAGAAAGUGAAUGGUAAGGGUGCAGUUGAGGAUGAGAGUGAAAGUGAGGAAGAGGAUGAGAGUGAGAGUUCUGACUCUGAUGCUGAUUCUGAGAUUGAGAGGAUUAUUGCUGAGAGAUAUGAAAAGAAGGGUAGUAGCAAAAAGAGGUCAUCCAGAAAGGAGGUGUCAGAUGAUGAUGGAUCAGAUUCUAGGGAGAGGAAGAAGAGAGGUAGGUCAAAGAGAAGGAGUGGGAAGAGGGUAAGUGGUGAUUUGGAUGAUGAUGAUGAUGAAAGUCGUAGGAAGAGGAGGAAGGAGAAGAGGAAGAAGAGGAAUGAUUCAUCUGAUGAGGAGAAAUCGUCAGAUGAGGAUAAGGAGGAGCGUAGACUAAGGAGAAGGAAAAGUAGAAAGGAGAAGAGGAGGAGGAGAAGUCAUCGCUAUUCUGAUGAUUCGGAUUCAUCAGGGGAUUCUGAUAGGCAUAAGCGGAAGAGCAGAAGGGCUGCAUCAUUGUCUGAUUCUGAUAUCAGUGGCUCUGAUGAUUCGCGGGUUGGCAGGGGCACAAAGCGGUCUGAAAAGAGGAAUAGGAAACGGCAUCACAAACAUGAUGAUUAAUGCCCCUGAUUGUGACUGAAAGUUGCUGUUGCUGAUUGUGAGGUAUAUGGUUAUGGUGAUUCUGCAGUAAUUAUUCCAACCAGCAAUUAAAAGUGGUCAGGCUAAGCUUUUAUCCACAGUAGAUUCUGAGAUGAGGUGCUUGUGCCCCUGAAGUGAAAAACAAAAAACUUGUUUAAUUUUUCUGUCAUUGUAUCUUCAAGUGGCCUGUUAUUCCACACACCUGUUCUGAUUGUGGUUGUUAUCCUUGGAUGUCAUUUUCUAUUAUCAAGAACUGGUUUGAUUGAGAGUGUAUUCCCUACAUGGAUGGAUAGAUCCGAGUCAAUUAUCCAUUUUCCAUUAUGCCUUA